GCGCGGGCAUGGGGUCCCUUGUGAAGCAUGUAGCGCAAAGAGGCAGAGAAGCGAGCAGAAAGAUGCAGAGAACCCUCUCGUCGCAACUCAGACCUCUAGCCUACACCACGUUGACUCCUUCCUUCUCUUCCGACUCGUUUUGCGCCCCUCUCUUGGUUCGGGGAUGCUUGCCCACAAAAAGUCGCUUCAGCACCAGUGGCAAUUGCAGACAAUCUUUGUCAUGUCCAACUGUUCCAUCGAACCUUCUCCGCUGCUGUUCGACACUGCGCGGGACUGCAUGUGAUUGGCGUGCCAUGUCCUCGUCAGGAAAGAGUGUUGAAGUUGGAGAUGACUAUGAGAAAGGACAGGAUGAUCCAACGUCCAUUCUUGAAGUGCAGAUGCCGUUUGGACAUGACGAGAAUGUGGAUUUAGCCAAGCAGCUUGGAAUAUACAAGGUGUAUGAAUAUAGUGACGGAGAUGCGAUCUCCCGAAUCACCAUGUCCUUUCAAAAGAGGGGGAAUCUUUCUGCAGAUGUGCAAACACUUGAAGCAUUCUGUGCAGCGGAAGCAAAGAGCAUGACGCAACGAGUUGAAGGGUGCUCGAUUUCUACUGUUGCAUUUCCAGAAGAUGUCACGAAACACUUUAACGAUAUUAAGGUUCCUUUCCUUGCUCAAGCUUUUCGGACAAAUUCAGAUCGCAUCUCUGAUAGUCUGGUCUUCUUCUUCGAAACGCCAGGAGGCUUCUGGUCCAUUGGGUGGUACGUGCCGGCUGAACUCUUCUCGAAGGAACCGGAUCUUUUCUUCUUCUUCCUUCAGUCUAUAAAAGUGAAGCCAAGGCAGAGCGUAUUUGCCCAAUAAAAUAUCUGGGCCACU